ACUUCCGAUUCAAUGACGACUGCUGUUAUGCUACUAUCAAAAUAGGGAACAUGACUGAGGGAAUCUAACUACUGGUGCACUGAAAAUCCCCUCAAAUGCUGCGAUAGUAUAUCAGCAGGGUUGAGUGUGUGGGUCAGGUGUGGAUGGAGUCAGCAGCAUCUGAGAGCACCCAGCAUAGUUUUAUCACAGACAGGACAAUCAGAAGAAGUCAGUGUUCAGACCAACAGCCUGCACAUCGGCAGGCAGGGGGAGAAUGGUAAAGUACUUCUCUAACGACGUAGACAUCAGGACCACGUGGGACCAUGUCGUCUCUGCCUUCUGGCAGCGGUAUCCCAACCCAUUCAGCACCCAUGUUCUCACGGAGGACGUGGUGUUCCGGGAGGUGACGGCGGACCAGCAGCUUCUCUCCAGACGCCUGCUCACCAAGACCAAUCGAAUGCCUCGCUGGGCUGAGUUCCUCUUCCCCUCCAACCUAUCACGCUCCGUCUACAUCGUAGAGGACUCCGUCGUGGACCCGGUCACCAAGAGCCUCACCACGUACACCUGGAACCUCAACCACACUACGCUCAUGACGGUGGAGGAGCGUUGUGUGUUCCAGGAGUCGGAGGACCGGCCUGCCUUCACGCUGCUCAGACGAGAGGCUUGGAUCUCUUCUGGAGUCUACGGCUUCUCCAGGCCCAUCCAGGAGUUUGGCUUGGCCCGCUUCAAGAGCAACCAGGUGAAGGCCAUGAAGGGCCUGGAGUACGCUCUGUCUAACUUACACGGAGAGGCACCCCAGCGUCAGCCCUGCGUCCGGGACACAGUGAAGACUGCUACAGACAAGGCCAAGACACUGGCCUCGGCCGCCACCCCACAGAAACAGCCCCAGCAGUACGUGUGACAACAGGAACGUCCACCGCUACCGGCUGGAACCAGGACUGGAAUGGGACUCUGUGCACGCAGGGCAGGCA